AUUCUGCCCUGCAAAUAAUCCAGCUAGGGAGGAAACAGAAGCGCCCUCAAGGCUCAAAGCUCGAGAGUCAAGCUUUGGCGCCUGCUGGCGCUGCCACUGGCAGUUUGCAACUGUGGCCUGCUGCGCAACAUCCAAAACACCUGGAUACCUAGUAGUGUACUGUGUGUGUGCGGUUUACGUAGGUGCCUACCUAACACCUAGUGCUUAGGGCGGCAACUUGCAAGCGUUCGCCUUUCAGCACAUGUUUCACUGAGUCCAAGAAGAUAGAGCGCAGGUAGAGCUUGCUCAAGUGGUGCAGGACGCAGUUAGGUACAUGCGGGUGCCUUUUAUCCAGCAUGUUUUAGUUGCCGCUUUCAGCAACCACAGCAAGGCAGAGUAGACUACCAAAGAGGACUUGAUUGAAAUCAGGAGGAGGUCUAUCCUGGCAAAACCGUCAUUUAAUGCAUUUGGCCUUCACACAUGCUGCUCAAUGAUGAAGAAGCGAAAGGCAUUUGGUUUGGAGGGUCGCAAAGGCGGAGGCAACAGGCGUGCAUGUAGCAACGACGCCAUUGAAGCAGGCACAGACGCAGAGCUCCCAGCUCCUCCUUUGGAGGGGACCUUUGUCCCCACCUCCAGUUGCAUCGAUCCCAAUAGAUGCUGUUCCAGCCAGGCUGAAAUAGGUGGUAGCGGAGAAGCGAUACAGGGUUUCUGUGAAGGAGAUGAGGCUGGUCGAAACCUCAGUCGGCCGACUGAGCAAACCCCUCUUGCUCUAGGUGUGCGUGAUUUACUGCAAGACCCUGCCCUUUCGAAACCGCUGCGAGGAUUGCCAACUUGUGGCAGAGUGCGGGAGUUGACCUUGACAACCGGAAGAGCGCGCGUUGCGACAGAAAUUCAUCCUAAGCACAUGCUGGAGGUUCCGGCAAGUCCUAUGAAAGUGUCGAGCAUGCGGAAGCGGCACAACGGAGACAAUGUCCAGCAGCACAGCGUCCCUCCAAUCGCUUUGUCAACCAUAGUCGAGGAAAAAGACCCCACAGACUGCUGCGAGGAGCCAAUCUUUGUUGACGGCACGCCCGCAGAGGUGCUGCGACCAUUGGGAAGGUCAGGUAGCUUGAAGGUGAUCUCAAGAAAGCCUGCGACCUUGAGUGCUGAGAGGAGGAGGCUGCAGCAUGUGUUGGAGUUCAUUGGCGGGGAGCAGCUGCGGGAGAGGCUCGCUGUUGCCAUCCAGUCAGAAGAUGACAUGGUGGAAAGGCUUGCAGCGCUGCUGCCAGACGGCAUGUUCCCGGGGAAGGCUGAGAACUUGGAAAAGUGCUACUUGUGCGACAGUCCGUAUGACCCGACAUACACAAAGGGCAACAUGCUGUUUGUGUGCCGCGGCUGCAUGAGCCAACACCGGGAGAGAGAGUCCUUGGAUGGACGAGGGAUGCAGACUUUCGAAGAGGACGAUGAUUGUUGCACUGGGGAUGAGGACUGCUGGUGCCUUCAGUGCAUGGAGAAAAUGCCAGACGAACAGGAGGAAUGUUAGUCAGAGGACUCAGAGCACAGAGACUACGGGUAGGCGAGUCCCGGGUGCCUAACCAGGUGGUUCAGCAGGUGAUUCCAUGUAAAGUACUUCGAUCAGCUGUCAAGCUUCAGCAAGGAGGUUGACAAUAGAGCAGGAAGGAGAAAGUGAAAGGUCAAUGCUUGCGGGUAAAGCUCUUGCACUGUGUGCAUCUUUCCCCCAAAAGAUACUUGGAUGCAAUGAAAUCCAGAUGAUCAAAGUGGAGCAUGAUUGCUUAGAUCUGCUACUGUAUGCUGGUGAGAACGUUCGGGACGAG